ACCAAGAUCUCGAACAAAUCAGCACACCUAUGCAUGACGCCUUCGCGAACCAACAAACGCAAACUGACACCGUUGAAAUCUCCUAUUAAGACUCCUUUCAAAUCUCCCAUUUACAAAGCAAGAGCAAUCGACCAUUUAUAUACCGUACGGGACGAUCGCAUAAAUAUCAUCUGCUGGAGAAGUCUAAGGAUUUAUCAUCAGAGUGUGACCAGAACUGUGCGGCAUGCGUCUCUAGAUUCAGAGCAGUCGUUACUGAUAUUACGAUCAAAGACCAUUUCUUUGAUCAUCGAAAAGGGAGUAAGAAGAAAGGCGGGACCGUUGAUAUGGACAGAAACUCUAUACAAAAAGGCGCCCUUGGUGUUAGGUGGGAAAAAGCUAGAAGAAAUGAUUCCAAAAUGCUGGUUACUUCUAAAAUGGGCUUAACAGACGUCAUCUAACUUUCAUUGUGUUUUGUGUACUAUAUUAAAACAGCAAAACGAUGAAUUCGAAUGUAAAUAAUAUAGAUUAUAUACCAGCAACAUGUAAUGACAUAUUCAUUUAAAGGUAAAUAUAUGUACUUAUGCGAACAUUUACCAACUGAAUGUGCAUGUGUUUCUCCAUAUUGUAUACGUAUCCCAUGCGUAAGUGGCGUAUGUGGAUACGCAACUUAUUGUUUAACUUGUUAUACGUGUUAAUAUAUGCAUAUUAAAUUUCAUAAAUGAG